AUGGACGAGUCUCAGACAUGGCAUGCAGUCCAACCUGAGGGUCUGGCGCUUCUCAUCGUGGUAAUCACAAUAUUUUUCACUGUCCUCAACCUCGUCGUUCUUCUGCUCAGAGGCUACAUACGAACAAUCAACCAUUCGAACGGCAUCGAGGAUCACUUGAUGUACAUUGGGGGGAUCGUCAACUUGGGUCACAAUAUCGCGGUCGUGUACGGAUGCUAUACUGGUAUCGGCUCGUUUGAUUACAAGCUGAAUGCCCCCAUCGUGACGGAGGGUGCCAAGAUGGUUACUAUUUGGCAGCUCCUCUACCUCACCUGCUCACCCAUCAUCAAGAUCAGCAUUUGCGCUACGUUGAUCCGAGUUGCCUCACAGCGGCGCUAUACUUACCCACUCUAUGCUGUCUCUAUUCUGGCCAUAGCGAUGAGCGUCAUGGCAAUAAUCUGCGUCUUCAUCCAAUGCACGCCGUUCACAGCCUCCUGGACCGGCAAAGGUAAAUGCAUCCCAGUGGACGCCAUUAUGAUCCCCACGUACAUAUUUUCGGCCGUCAAUAUCGCAAUCGACUGGACUAUUGCAAUAAUACCAGCAUUCAUAUUGUGGAACCUUCGAAUUCGCAGAAACUUAAAGCUUCUGGCCUCUGGUAUUCUGGGAAUAUGGAUUCUGGCAUCUACCGCUACUAUUGUUCGCAUGAUGUACGUUCUAGGCUAUACGGACAAUAGCAACCAGCUGCGCAAAAUCGGCAAUAUUAUACUGUUCACCGUUGCUGAGAUAAGCUUGAGGAUUCUUGCCUGCUCACUUCCUUCACUUCGCGAAUUCAAAGGCCGCUCCAAAGACAAGAGCACCAGGCGCCGCGAUUCGUACGGAACCGAACUCCUCUCGAUUGGAGGGAUAAGGAGCAAGCCGCCCCCGAUCGUGCCUACCUAUGACUACGAGGUCACCACCACAAUUGGCCAAGGGGGUGAUGGGAACAGCGACACAGGUUUCGACAAGGACGAUGACAGCACGCGUCGAAUGAUUUAUGUCACGCGGGUCAUCCAGCAAACCUAUAGCUAA